AUGUCGACGGCGACGGGGGUCUCCGUGUGCACCGCCGUCGCCACGGCGGCCGCCACCAAGUGCUACAUGUUCAAGAUCGAGGGCUACAAGCGGAUCAAGACCAUGCACGGCAACGGCAAGGGCCUCGAGUCCUGCGCCUUCGAGGUUGCGGGCCACACCUGGAGGAUCCAGUUCUUCCCAGACGGGAACAAGAAGGAGAACGCCGGCUACGUCUCCCUCUUCCUCAAGCUCGAAGACCUCACCGACGACGCCGGGAACGACGAUGUCCUGGCCGAAGUCCAGCUCUCUUUGGUACGCCACCGCGGCAAAGGCAAGCCGGCGGCGUGCCAGCCGUACAGCAAGACCUACACGAGCACCUUCAACAUGGGCAAUAAGGUCUGGGGAUUCCCAUUGUUCAUCAAACGGGAGGACCUCGAGAAAUCGGAGUUCCUCAAGGACGGCUGCUUCGCCGUCCGGUGCGACCUCGCCGUCCUCAACAAGUCCGUCGACGUGCAAGAGCAGGCUGCCCAGGCGGGCGACCUGGAGAGGCUGAACAUCGUCUGCGACUGCAAGGACGACCUGUGCAAGCGUCAUCAUCACCAGAGGGACGCCUUAUGGCUCAGGGAGGCGUUCGUCAAGUUUUUCUUGAGGUGUUUCCAAGUUUGA